AAAAAAAUAUCAAACAGUUUUGCGAGCACCUGCGAACGAGACGUGUGUUACGUUUUUAUCGUGACUACUGUGCGUUCGCAAUAUUGUAGAUAAAGACUGUUUUAUACGAUUAUCUUGAUAUAGAAUCGUUUUUGCUUUAUUUUUGUGCAUCAAAAGUUUUAUUUGAAUGGAAAAAUAAGGACAUAGACGUGUAUUUUAUGGAAAAUAGACUAUAAAUAGUGUUGUGUUUGUAUUCGGUGUUGGGGCAAAAUAUUGCGAUAAUAGAGAGUUUCUACCAGCUGCUUGGGCAUAGUAUGCUUCAUAUUUUGCCUGCUGCAGCACGGUUCCUCGACGGGUAUGGGGCAGCAGUCGACUACGCGGCCGCCGCUCUGAGCCACAACAACACAGAGGCUGCGUCAGCGACGUCAUGACGAAAACCUCCCACCGCAACAUCGAGUUACAUUUUUGAGUUCACAAUUCAGCAUAUCAAGCAGUGUCUGUUCUCAGUGUUGUGCAAAUACAUGUGAAACUUCGCGAACGAUAACGAUAUUUUAUCGCGUUCUUAACUAAAUCCAUUGCGUCUGUUUUCGUUAACCGAUAGCGCAGUAGAUAAGUCGUGCUGAUUUCGAACGAGCGUCACACCGCGCCGCGCUGCGUACUACAGCUGAUAUUAAUGUUUAGAAACAUUUGGACCGUGCGAGUGUGUCGUGAACUGUGCACAGCUACAUUGUGUAGUGUUACUUUGUUUUUUGAGUAUCGGAUGUGUAUUGGAGUUUGAGAAUAUGCGUUCGGAAGAGUUGUGGUGCAGUAUAGCGGCGCUAGGGUGGAUUGCGUUGGUGGGAUGCCACGCGCCGGGGAGUGAGCUGGAGUCGGUGCGAUACGGGCCCGCCGAAGAGCGGACGCCGUUCGACACCUUCACGGUGGCGAACAUCAACAUCACUUACGAGGAUGAACAUGGAAUCAUGUACACAGAGAUAUCUGAGUCGGGGAAGUAUGGAGAGGGCUUCAUCGCGUUGUCGUCCCGGGGAGUCGCGGUGCACGUCCGCGCGAAAGGCCCGGACGGCGAGAAGGACCACACGGGGUGCUCCUGGCCGCUGCUGUCGGUGGCUGCCCCCAAUGACCCGCUGCCCACCGAGCCGUGGAUCGCUGUCAUCAAGCGCGGGAGCUGCAACUUUGAAAUUAAGGUGCAAAAUGCGUGGAAAGCGAACGCGACGGCGGUGCUGGUCUACAACGACAGGGACACCACACUCCUGGAGAAGAUGAAGCUGUCGACCGAUAAUGGACGCAACAUAUCCGCGGUGUUCACGUACAAGUGGAAGGGCGAGGAGAUCACGCGGCUCAUCGACAACGGCACGCGCGUCAUGAUCGGCAUCCUCAAAGGCCGGACAUUCGCCAACGUCAGCAACAAUAUUAACAAAACGUCAGUGCUAUUCGUGUCGAUAUCGUUCAUCGUGCUGAUGGUGAUAUCGCUGGCGUGGCUGGUGUUCUACUACAUCCAGCGCUUCCGGUACAUACACGCCAAGGACAGGCUCUCUAAACGUUUGUGUUGCGCGGCGAAAAAGGCGCUGUCCAAAAUACCUGUUAAGAGUUUAAAGACUGAAGAUAGAGAAGUACAGGGCGAUGGCGAAUGCUGCGCCAUAUGCAUAGAACCUUAUAAAGUUUCAGAAACGCUUAGAUCUCUUCCUUGUAGACACGACUUCCACAAGAACUGCAUAGAUCCGUGGCUGCUCGAGCACCGCACUUGUCCUAUGUGCAAGAUGGACAUCCUUAAGUACUAUGGUUUUGUGUACACGGGUAGUCAAGAGAGCAUCCUCCAGCUGGAGGUGGAGGAAGCCCGAAGCCGCGCGCGCAGCCCCGCCCGCGCCCGCCACCCGCUCACGCUGCUGACGAGCGACAACUCGUACUCGGAGGCGGCCAGCGAGCGCAGCAGCCGCGCGUCGUCGCCCGACGAGCUCGUGGCCACGCUGGCCAGGUCCGUGCCCGAACAAGAGCCCUAGGUCGUGCGCAUCGUCUCCUUCGGGGUCGCAUGGUGAGCCGUCGCAGGCGCCCGACGCGUCCGACGCGCCGCUGCAAGGUUCGCCAAGGGAAGCCCGCGCCACGCCAAGCCCCUAAGCCGUGCCGCGUGAGCGAGACUCAGUGCAGUGUGAUGUGUUCAAUAAACAAAUACUCAACAAUAGUGGUUCGAACUUCCAGUGAAAUGUGGAUGACAAGUGAUAUUUUGUUUAAGCUAGUUUUAUAUUAGGUAGGCAUCCGCUACUCCGCCUAGUCAACGAAAUAGUGUUGUAAUCUAAAGCCCGGUCUGUGAGCACGUAGAAUUUUGUCCAAUGACCCCAAGCUCGCACACUCACUGCGGGCGCCCGUCGCCCAGUCGCGACAGCAAUAUAAUUACGCGCGAGCGAUAAGGAUGGGUAGCUUGGGGUCAUUGGACAAAAUUCUACGUGCUCACAGACCAGACUAUACCCGUACCUCGCCGGUCUGAUGGCUCGUCUGUGACGGUUAUGACUAUGUAGCUGUUCGUUUUGUGGUGCACCUCACAGACUUGCUAGUGGAAGCGGCGAGAAUGUAUCGACAGCACGUCAAACUUAACAACAAUUAUUAUUGUAAUAGAUGCUAACUUGCAACAUUAAUGUGUAGUGUGAUGUGCUGUUGAUUGUACUUGUUGUAACUUGACUACGUAACACCAUCGAUAACGGAUAAUAAAACCAAAUACACAGUGGCAUAACAUUGUAAUUUAACGAUUUUGUAGAAAAAAAAAUUAAAACUGAUAAAAAUGCGAGUAUGUACGUGUUUCUGUAGUUAUUGUGUACUUACGAAUUCCUGUUAUUUAAAUGUUUAAAAUCGGUUACAUAAACAAAUCACGAGGGUUUAAAAAUGUUAAGUUUUAAAUUUUUCGUAAUAAUAUUGUUUUUACAACCAAGUCUCAAACUUAGGCAACGCUGUUGAGUACAGUCUGGACGUUUAACAAAACUGCCGAAUUAAAAAUAUUGAAUUAAGUCGAGCCACUGUACUUAAAAUGUUAAUAUUUGGUUCAUGAUCUCAUAAUGUAUCCUAAAACUUAACCUUUAUUUGUAACAUUUAUUUUUGGUAACCCGGUUGUGUAUUGGCCAUGAAUUUAAUUAGGAACUAUUUGUAUUUGUGAUGAACUUCCCAGGAUAUUUUAUCUUUAUAAUUGGUGGCUAAUAAUCAGUCUCCGCCACUUUUCUUUUAAAUGUUCAAAAUCAAAGGCUUUAGCAUAUUAAAAUUUACUAAAUCAUGUACUUAUAAAAUAUUCUUUUAAAUAAGUGAUCCAUUU